AAAGGAUCUAAAUUUAUUUUUUCGCUUCUUUUCUUUUACUUUUCUCCUUUCCACCUCUUUCUUUCUUUCUUUUCUUUCUUUCUCUCUUUGCUCUACCUGUCCUUCCUUUUCAACGUCUGCUCUCUCGUAGUCUACCGCGUUUCUAAAUAACAACAACAACAAUGAAAUUCUCUGUCGCCGCAGCCUCUGCCUUGUUGGUCUCUGCCUUUGCCGGCAUGGCCAGCGCUGAUGCUUACGCUGAUGCCAUUGCUGAAUGGUGUGAUGGUUUGGAAAUUGUCGAGCCCAACGAGAACACCAUCGCUGUUGCUGGCAGCGUCACCAAGAUCACUGCCACUCGUGAGCCCAAUGACAAGCAAAAGACGGUCAGCGGUCUUGAUCUUUACUCUGUUGACAGCGACGGUCAAGCCAAGUACAUCCAGAACGUCUGGCAGGGUAACUUUACCUUGAACCAGCGUGCCACCAUCACCGAUGACAUUCCUGCCAAUGUCACCGCCGGUCUUUACUACUACCGUGCCUGGAUCACCAACUUGAUGGACGGUGGCAAGCACGGUCCCGACUGUAUCGAGACUUCGCACAAUUUCAAGGUCACCUCGGGUGUCCACCAACACCCGAACGGUAUCAGCUACUACACCGAAUCGCUUGACGACGUUCAGUUCUACCACCCCGACUACUUCCGCGGCUGCUUCGGCUUGAAGGUCACCACUCCCGCCAAGGGCAAGACUUACAACGUAGGCGACCACAUCACCGUCACGGCCAACCGCGACAAGGCUUCGCAGACUGCUGUCCUCAAGAGCAUCGACUUGUACAAGUCGACCGAAAAGAACAAGGCCGUCUUUGUCGAGAACGCCUGGGAGGGUAAAGAGCGUUUCACUGACUCGUUCACUCUUAAGGAUCACUUUAAGCCCGCAAAGAAGGAGGAUAUUGAUGAGAGUGCUACCUACUACUACACUUUGACUGUCACCAGCAACAAGUCCAAGGAUGAGGACUGCACCUUCCACUCCGAAGGCUUCAAGAUCAAGGACACCAACUAAAAAAGAACAAGCUCAAGCGUGACGCGGGACGCUUCGCCCACCACCACCACCACCACCUUUACAUCUUAACUUCCUUAUACCAAAACACAAACCCUUUCUCUUCUCCAUUUAAACAGAUGCUAAGCAUUUUGCUUGCUGACCAUUCUCCUCUUUUAUCUUUUUUCAAACAACCACACACACACACACACACAUCAACAACAACAACAACUUCUCUUGUAGUUUUCCUCCUUCCUUCUUUGCUUGUGUAUUCGUAAAAUGCAAUCUUUUGUCAAUCAAGAAAACAAGAAACCUUGAAAAAUGAGUGCUCUAGAUCUUCUUGCGCAAAGAAAAAAAAAAGACUUGAUGUAUCUAUUAAUAUCUCAUGGUGCGGGGAGGGGGGUGGGAGGAGACCCAGCCAAU